AUGGCGGGUAGCAAUGCUUUCCCGCCGCUCGACACCCAGAUGGGCUCUGCGAACAGCAACAGAGGUGGCCCCUCUCCCACCGUGUCGAUGACUGGAAGUGGUUCGAUGAACGGCAACGGAGCAGGCCCUGCUGCUAACUACAUGGCUCCUCUUCCCGUUGGACAUCAACAGGAUUUGAAUUUCCUCUACGCUCAGAUACAAGAGUUGAGCUCAGUAUUGAGAGACAACAGUGAAAAGGUCAAUGUCAUCAGACGGGCUGCGGUUGAAGUGGCUAAACGCGGCAAUGGCGUCAUCACCGAGGGCGAUGGCACCCACGAAGGCGACAAAGCCCGGAUUCGCGAGCUCGAGCAAGAACUAGCGAAAUCCAACCACAUGAUCUCUUUGUACAAGCACGAGCAGGCCGAGAAUACAAAUCUGAUCGCCAUGUAUGAAGACGCCUUAGGCACAGCCACUGAGCAAAUUCGAAACUACUGCACAGAUGUCGAAUCACGCUUCCUUGCUCAGCGUAAACACUACAACAAUCUUCUACAACAGGAGAAGGAUGAACACCUCUCAAGUCGCCUGGACCGUGACCAUUGGCACGCGCAGACACUUAAGGUGUCCGAGAUGAUCAGGACAGCAAAUCGACUGCGUGCAGAUGAAUGGUCCGAAGAAUACACCAUCAUCUCAGGGCUUCAGAGCGAGGUUAGAUGCCUGCGCCGCUGCUUGGGAAUGGAACCCGAGAGAGUGGAGAAUGAGACAGGCUAUAGCUAUCUGAAAGCAAUCCCCCUGGCAGACCAAGCGUAG